CCCAGACAGACCGCAGUCAGUCCAACAGCAGCACACCAACAACACAGCAGCACCACAGUUGUCACACAUUGUAAUUCACCUGCGGGUGGAUUUAGAAACGGAGCGGAGCAUUCACCUGUCGGACCAGAGAGCUGCUUUUAACUCCUCUGAAUCACAUUUAAAGGACUUUACCUGCUGGACUCCGUCUGAACUGAAGUGGAAUUACAGCGCAGUUUGGCGCGUGGUGGAUAAUGUGGACUGCUGACAGGACGCACGCGCUCACGUCUGACAGGUGAAGUUUGGAUAAUGAUGGACACCUUGAGGUAUUAUUUCCCUGUUUGCAACAAUAAGCAUUUUUAAACUUUCAAACAGGGUUUUUCCUGGAGCACCUUCCCAAAGGACUGCCGUGGAAACCAGCCUCCACAGCAACUUAUAUUUUAACAAUUGGCGACGAGCGUUUUUUUUUUCUUAACGUACGUUAAAGUCUGACAUUUUCCUUAAAUAUUUUCUCCCAUCAGAGGAACAGAAAAACGGAUUUAACGUUUGCUGUCAUAGUAACGGAACACCGCGCGCAGCUCACUCGCUGCCAGGAAAGGCACGCGCCGGGCAUGACUUCGCGGGCAUGGGUGCUGAGCUAGUUUCCCAUCACCUCCUGUGCUGUUUAUCAUCACCACAACUAACAGAGAAGAUGAAGAGGAGAGCAGACAGCCGCUGAGUUAACGGGGAUAAAUUAUUCAGCUGUGGUGGAAGUGGACAACCUGCUGGGCUGAAGGAUGGCUUGUUGGAAGGAGGGCACCAUUCUCUUGCUGGUUCUGCUGGUUCUGCUCGACCCACAGCCAGUCAUGGGGAGAUCAUCUCGACAUCGCAGCUUGAGACGUCAAACUCGAGGCCACCAUGAAUACCGGCCGCAGCACAACAUCACGCUGGCUGUUAUUUUACCACAGACCAACACAGAUUACCCGUGGGCUUGGCCUCGCAUUGGUCCUGCCCUGGAGCGAGCCAUCAAAGAAGUCAACGCCGACCCCACCCUGCUCCCUGACCACCACCUCGUCUAUGCUUUCAAGAACAGCGAAAAGGAUGGAAUCUGCUCCGAGUCCAUUGCCCCGCUCGUGGCUGUGGACCUUAAAUUUGCGUAUGACCCGUGGGCUUUCAUCGGGCCUGGCUGCUCCUACACCUCCUCCCCUGUUGGACUUUUCACCACCCACUGGAAUGUUCCCAUGGUUACAGCAGGUGCUCCAGCCGUCGCCUUUUACGGUGGAGUCUACCCGUCCAUCACCAACACAGGCCCCACCCACAAGAAGCUGGGGAAGUUUGCCCUGCGGAUCUGUGAGCACUUUGGGUGGCGGGAGCAUGUGAUGCUUAUGUUCAGUGACAACAAGGAGGAUGAUCGGCCUUGUUACUUUGCUGUGGAGGGUUUGUACACAGAGCUGAAGGGCAUCAACAUCACCAUCGCUGACAGAGUGUUCGAAGAGAACAAGCCGGUCAACUACUCCCAAAUCAUCUCCGAUGUUCAGAACGACGGACGAGUGAUGUUUCUCUGCUGCUCACCCGACGUCUUCAGAAGGUUGAUGGUUGAGUUUCGGCGGGCAGAUCUCCCUCAUGAGCAGUUCGUCUUCUUCUACAUCGACGUGUUCGGGGACAGUCUGAACUCCACACAUGGGCAGCCGUGGGCCCGUGGAGACGAGGACGACGCCGUGGCCAAGGAGGCCUUUCAGAGUGUGAAGAUCCUGACGUACCGAGAGCCUCAGAACCCCGAGUACAAAGAGUUUGUCCGCAACCUGAAGACAGACGCCAGGAAAAUGUUCAACUACACCAUCGAGGACUCACUGAUGAACAUCAUAGCCGGAGGAUUUUACGACGGUCUGAUGCUCUACACUCACGCUCUGAACGAGACCAUGUCCAUGUCCGCCAGUCGGCCUCCAGGGAAAGUCGUCACCAAGAGGAUGUGGAAUCGAACCUUUCACGGUGUGACAGGACUCGUCCACCUGGAUGAGAACGGAGACAGAGAGACAGACUUCGCUCUGUGGGACAUGAUGGACACCAACACCAGCACCUUCCAGAUCGUUUUGGUGUACAACAGUUCAGAGGAGCAGCUGACGGCCAUACCAGGAACAACGCUGCACUGGCUGGGUGGAGUUCAUCCUCCUGAUAUCCCUGUUUGUGGCUUCAAGAACGACAACCCAAUCUGCCUCGCAAAGACGAUCACCAUCCACCAGAUGGUUUCCAUCGUGGUCUUCUUCAUCUUCCUGAUGACCCUCACCAUCACCGUCUUCAUCUACAGGAGGAUGAAGUUGGAGAAGGAGCUGGUGGCUCAGCUCUGGAGGAUUUCAUGGGACGACAUCCAGAUGAGUAAUUUGGACAAAGUGCUGCGCAGCGGCAGCAGGAUCACACUGUCACUGAGAGGCUCUAACUACGGCUCGCUGAUGACUGGAGAUGGAAACCUGCAGGUUUUUGCGAAGACUGGAUACUACAAGGGGAACAUUGCGGCCAUCAAAUACACCAACAGGAAACGCAUCGAGCUGAACAGGAAGGUCCUGUUUGAACUCAAACAUAUGCGAGACGUUCAGAACGAGCAUCUAACCAGGUUCAUUGGAGCGUGCAUCGACCCUCCCAACACCUGUAUCAUCACAGAGUACUGUCCCAGAGGAAGUCUGCAGGACAUCUUGGAGAACGACAGCAUCACUCUGGACUGGAUGUUCAAGUACUCUCUCAUCAAUGACAUCGUCAAGGGCAUGGUGUUCCUCCACAACAGUGUCAUCUUCUCUCACGGUAAACUCAAGUCGUCCAAUUGUGUCGUGGACAACCGCUUCGUCCUGAAGAUCACAGACUACGGUUUGUCCAGCUUUAGAUCUGAGAGCGACUCAGGAAAAGACGCUCACGCCUACUACGCCCAGAGGUUGUGGAUGGCUCCAGAGCUGCUCAGGAUGGAGUGUCCUCCUCCUCAGGGAACCCAGAAAGGAGACGUCUACAGCUUCGGCAUCAUCCUCCAGGAGGUGGCGCUGCGCCGAGGAGCCUUUUACCUGGAGGGAGACCCACUCAGCCCCAAAGAGAUCGUGGACCGGGUGAUCCUGGGCGAGUGGCCCUGCCUCAGGCCGACCAUUGACCCCCAGAGUCACAGUCCCGAGCUGGGUCAGCUGAUGCAGCGCUGCUGGGCCGAGGAGCCGACGGAGAGACCGGAGUUCAACCACAUCCGGCUGCUGCUGCGCAAACAGAACAAGGAGUCGAGGACCAACAUCCUGGACAACCUGCUGUCCCGUAUGGAGCAGUACGCCAACAACCUGGAGGAGCUGGUGGAGGAACGAACACAAGCUUAUCACGAGGAGAAACGCAAGGCUGAGGCCCUGCUGUACCAGAUACUACCACAUUCAGUGGCGGAGCAGCUGAAGCGAGGUGAGACAGUUCAGGCCGAGGCCUUUGACUCCGUCACCAUCUACUUCAGUGACAUUGUGGGUUUCACAGCCAUCUCAGCAGAGAGCACACCGAUGGAGGUGGUGACUCUGCUGAACGACCUCUACACCUGCUUCGAUGCCAUCAUCGACAACUUUGAUGUUUACAAGGUGGAGACCAUCGGCGACGCCUACAUGGUGGUGUCAGGGCUGCCAGUGAGGAACGGGAACCUGCACGGCAGAGAGAUCGCCCGCAUGGCCCUUGCCCUGCUGGACGCCGUCCGAACCUUCAAGAUCCGCCACCGCUCAGAGCAGCAGCUGAAGCUGAGGAUAGGAAUACACAGCGGUCCAGUGUGUGCAGGUGUGGUGGGUCUGAAGAUGCCACGUUACUGUCUGUUCGGCGACACCGUCAACACCUCGUCACGUAUGGAGUCCAGCGGAGAAGCGCUGAAGAUCCACGUGUCGGCGGCGACUCGCGACGUCCUGCUGGAGUUCAACUGCUUCCAGCUGGAGCUGAGAGGAGAGAUCGAGGUGAAGGGCAAAGGGAAGAUGACCACCUAUUGGCUACUGGGAGAGAGCGUCAGCCAAUAAGGAAACACCCCGGAGAGAAGGACGACGGAGGACAGAGAGGAGGGGAUGAAGAGGCAAGAAAGAAAUGAGGAAAGAGAGAAGGGGACAGUGGAGGAAAGGAAGGAGGGAGGUAAGAAAAGACUGAAGAUUCAGUUUAUUUGGAAACAAGAGAGAAGAAAUGAAGUAAACGAGGGAGCGAAUUUAAUGGACAAAGGAGGGAAGUGAAGCUGGUGAAGGAAAGGAAGUAGAGAACGUGUCGCCGCAGACAUCUCAGCUCCUCGUCUUUUCAGAGGACUCGUCACCUCCUGUUUUUUUCAUUGUUUCUCAACAAAAGAGACCUGGAAGGAUUCAGACGUCACAGCACUGAGGAAUAUUCUGGUACAUUCACAUUCACAAUGCACAUGUGCAAACAAAACUGUAAACACUAAAGGAGGGAGACAAGUGUGUAAAAAUACAGAUGCGGAUCGGUGACGGAGAAAAAGCUGGUCUGUAACCUGCAGAACCACAAACUGAACACAUGAAGGGCUGAAACAUGAAGUAACUUAAGGAGCAGAAAAGAAUAUUAACUUUAUACUGUGUUUUCCAGAUCUCGCCUGUUUUAUGUUUUACAGAGAAAAUCAUAUUUUGGAUUGGUUUAAGUCGAUCGCCUCAAAGGUUGUACUUCUAAAGUUCAGCACUGAAUUCUCUCCUCUUUGCUCCACUGCUGACGGCCGGGAUCAGGUGUGUAUUUAGUCCCUGAUGGUCCCACAGAGCAGCGACUCUGUGCUGCCAGAGGUGUAGAGGUUACCCAGUUGUACGUUUGCCGAAACAACCAGUUAGACUCAAUCCAAAUGUCCACACUCACAGACUUUAAGGCACAUUUCCACAAAGUGUGAGAGGGCUUAGGGAGGUUGAUCUUGUGUGGUUAUCGUUGCCCACAUGUGCAUAACGUCAGAGUGAGUUGGACACAAAUAUAACCAUCAUGCAUUGUGCAGAGAUCGAUUCUGGCUUAUGUCGAAUGAGUCUAAAGGCCCUGACACACGCCGUUGGUGAGCGUCUGUCACCCUCAUCAGUGUAGUGCAUCCCAGAUUGUCGCCCCCGGUUGGCAUUUUGUUCACUGAAUCAAUAUGUUGAAUCAGCGUCGGCAACAGCAGAGCCCAUCAGUGAAUGAAAUCACUCUGAUUGGCAGUUAAGCUCAGCUCACGAGAAGAGAAAUGGAAGUGAGGAACGUAAACAAAGAGCUUAAGUCAAGAGGGAGUGAGAUCAAAACAAACUUAUUUUUCUUUAGUUAUUGAGCUUUUUAGUCUAAACGUUUCCUGAUAGUUUGUUUUAUUGUUCACUGACACACAGUAAUUAUGCUCUGUUCUUUCAACACUGGAUUAUGUUGUUAACGUGCUAACUGUCUAACUAGCAUCAAGAUAGUAUUCUGGUUUCCCUUUUUGAAUAACGCAUGCGCAGAAUUAGGUGCUGCUUGGCCGUCAGCUGUAGCCUUUGCAGAGUGUGGCUGAGACAACUUCAGGCAAUGCAGCAGAGGGCCAUUGUCGCCGCUAGUUCUCUGAAGUGGGUCCUCAAGGAUCCUCAAGUGGCUGAAUUUUAAGGAGGCUAUGUCAUCAAGUUCCGCCGAAGGUCAAGGAUCCUUCAAAUUCUACCGAGGACAGAGUCCUUCAUUCAGAGAAUUUUCAAGGCUGCAUGUGUGUAUCCUCAGCGGGUAUAAUGCACCCACAGUUCUUUGCACACUAUUUGCUGGAAUAGAAGGCGGGGCCUUGUCAGUUAAAUCUACGCCAGCAGAGCUCGACAGGAUUAGAUAAAUAUCUACACCUCAUAAUUUACACUUUCCAAUGUGUCACUUGCUAAUGAGAUUUUUUAAAAUAACGUGAUUUAGAUAAAACAUUCAUUUACGUAGCCGCUUCAUCCUCUUUAGGGUCGCAGGGGGGCUGGAGCCUAUCCCAGCUGACACUGGGCAAGAGGCGGGGUACACCCUGGACAGGUCACCAGACUAUCACAGGACUGACACAUAGAGACAUGAGAUUUAUGUUUUAGCAUGUUCUCAGUUUUACAAGAGAAAAGACUUCAGUGAUGAAGACCAACUGGUUGGUUUUGCAAAUGUAAAGCUGGUUAACUUCUGUUAAAGAGCAGCGUGUAGUCGCAGUGGAUGAGGCGGGGCUACGUGUUAUUUAGCGUGACUUGCGCGAAAGAGAUGACUUCAGAUCACUGUAAAUUUGCAGCAUUCAUAAACACCUCCCUGAAGUUGCUAAAUGAUGGCCAGCUUUGCAGAGUUACAGAAUCCAAAAGUAGAUGGGUAAAGAUGUUAAAUAUGAGUGCAGCUCUUUGGGAAUAAACAUUCUCUGUAAAUAAACAAAUGUUUCCCCUCUGGUUUUAAAUAAAAAAGUUACAAACACA